AACACACGAAGCUCUUCUCCACAUUCCUCUUCGGCCCAACUAUAGACUUUGAAGGGACUGAUGAGACGAAUCAUUUGCACCGAAGGCUUGAAACUUCGCAGACACCAAGCGCAAUGCACUACUUGUCAGACAUCCUACAUUGAUAGAGAAAAUUCCCAAUUACUCCUGGUGUUCCGGCAAACAUUACCAAUCGAUCGAACAACCGGCGAAUCAGCCUCUUGGCCGUAUAUUUCCUUUCGAAAUAAAAAGUUUUUGGUCAUCUUGUCCUCAUUCAAACUACUCAAAAACACCAUCUCAUAUUGUCUGAAUCUUAAAUAUCUCAAAACCAAGCAAUCAAACCAUCCAAAUCGUUGAAAACUCCAAAUUCCGCAGAAGAUAACAAAUAAAAAAUUUACCCGCCAUAUUGAAAAUCACUUAAUGUAUGUAUGACGUCAUGAUGGCGGUGGAGACUAACCCGUCGUUUACCCAGGAGACACCCCUCCCUCCUGCUUGGAGUCACAUUGGUUAAGUUCAUUCUGAUCCCUAAGUAACCAGAUUGCCCUUUCUCUAAGACACUUGAAUGAAGAAAAUUUUCAUGAAAUCAAGAAGGUUCUGAGUAAGCCCAGUCCCUCAGAUAGCUUACAGUCGAUUACUUAUCUAUUACGUCAUAAGGCGUCUCUGAGGAAGAUAGACGCACGGGAAACAGAAAUUGAUCAAGCGAAAACAAACUGUCUAAGGUCUUUUACUAAUUGGCUAAUUGGUACGACUCCAAAUUGCCACUGGCUGAGUUUUCCUUUUCUCUGAGUGCACGUAAUAAACCUUAGAUAGGUGAUCUUCUUCUUAUGGAGAAGACUUUGCCCUUAAAAUAUCUCUAUAACAUAAGCUAUUAUACUUUAAUAGAGGGCGCUUAUCCAUAGGACGUUUCAGUUCCAGAGCCGUUUAGCACAAAUGAGUCUCAAAUGUCAGUAAUCUCAGCAAUUUUGUUCAAGUGAUAAGUGAUAGAUUUUAGCAGCUGAUCAGGAUUAGCUGAGUACACUUAUAGCUCCUCUGAAUUUGUAAACUUAUUGAUAACAAAUUCAAAGAUUAUCAGUUAAAGUGUCUGUGGUUUAGAGCUGCUAUCAGAUAUCAGGAAAGGUGGGUCCAACUCGUAACAAUGGCUAUUGUUUGAUACAGGCUAACUAAUCGGGUGGCAUUAAUAUCUGGCCAGCAAUCAGUGCAACUGAAGCUGCGAUUUGCGUUGUUAGAAGCUCAGGUUCAUAACUAUGACAAUGCACGCGCAUAAGCCAUAGCUGGAUAUCAAUUUUAGUGACGUCAGCGAAAAGUUCCAAAAUGGCGCCUAUUCCCAGAGAUGCAAUACAUGUUUGGCUCUUUCCUCCUUUCUACGUUCAGAAGUGUCCAUGUCCUAAAGCGCUCGUAGUGGCUGGCUCCAGGACAACACAAAUUAACAAGCGUGUAGAGAUAUGAGAGUGCCAACACAUGGAGACCUAUGGAAUUGUUAGGAAGUUUUUGCCUAAGCCAGUCAGCUCGACAUGUGUGGAGUGCAUAUGACAAAGACAUUUGUCGGAAUUCCUAACCAGCAUCCCCAACAGACUAUGGUUCAAGGGACAGAAAUUCCUGACCUUUCCGUGUUUCGCCGCAUAGAGUUAUCUGCUCAACUUCUAAGCUAAGACAGCCAGAAUUACUGAGUCUCAGGCACUUCAGGUAACGGACUUGAACGCCGAGAACCAGCUCACGAAGAUUUUUCACCGAUUUUUUCUUUUGUAAAAUGUUAUCUACGAUAGAAUAAGAUUCUUUCCACCUUCAAACUAUUUCCGUUGAUUUGUACUCAACUGAACUUCAUGACGUCAGAGAUGAGGUUUUCGAUGAUGUUUUUACCAAUCAUAGUCACUUUGGCUUUUUCAAACAUGGUCACAAGCACGAAAAGUCCAGGAGCUGACCCACGAUCAACCAUCACUCGAUCCAUACGGGAUGCUUCCAAACGAAUAAGUAUCAGGAGAGCCGGAGCUAGCAGGGGUCUGAGAGAAUGCCGUGACCAAUUUAAGUUCGAAGUCUGGGAUUGCAGUUUUUAUAAAGAAAGUGUGACUGGAGCAUUACCUGAUUUUAUGCGAACAACGUUGUCUUAUGCCAAUAGAGAGACAGCGUAUUUACACGCAAUAACAACCGCCGGCAUCGUACAAGAAAUCGUGUCUCAGUGCGCUGCAAACAAAAUUACCGAAUGUAGCUGUGACAAAAAAUCAGGGCAGUCUCGUGGAUGCAGGAACUACCUGAAGUUUGCCGAGAAGGAGACGAGAAGGCUGUUAGUAACUCUACCACAAGGGAGCUUCGAACGAAGCGGAAUUGACAUUAAUAAUCAAAUGGUGGGAAUAGAGGUUUUUAAGAGGAAUUGUGGUGGCAGUUUGCCUAAAAAUUGUAACAACUGGCAGAGAGUUGCAAACGAACUGAAAAGUAAAUAUCAAUCCACCAUAAACAAGACGCAGCAGACCAAUAUCAACUCCACUUCCCAAAGUAACCUACGACUGACCUAUCAGGAUCCGUCGCCUGAUUACUGUGUACGUAAUUUGACCGUUGGCUCUCCUGGCUUGGAAGGACGGGUCUGCGGAAAUAGUGGCACAAUAACAAGCCAAUGCAGAUCCCUUUGUGAGCAAUGUGGCUUGACACUCCUGAGAGAGGACCGAAGUCCAAGAAACUGCAAAGAUUGUCCAGAAAUAACAUCAGUGACAGUCUGCAGGAAGAAGAAAAUAGUCACCGGCAAGCGAUCAGUAGAGCAAAGCCCGGUGCAAAUGAUCGGACUGAGAAAGCAUUUCCUCUCAUUAGGAACAGAUGUCUAAGCUGCCGGGGCAAUUUCUUGAGGAAAGACGCUUCGAGUGUGCUAGAACAGUCAAUUCUUAUCUUCAGCCCCGUGCUUGCAUCGCUUGUAGGUUUAACUGACACAGUAAUCCCACAUUAAUGGUAUAUGCUUUAUUUCUUUAUCUAUCUUACCAAAUAAUGAACUUUCCAGUGCAAAGAAACGCUUUGGUCGACCGCUUUCCGAGAGGAAAGGGCAUGUAGUUCAGUCUUAAAACGAGAUUUUCGAUAAGUGUGAUUUACUUGCAUGACUUUGGAGCACUGGGAAUAGCUCAAACUUUUUUAACAAGCUGCACUGUUUGUAUUUAGAAUUUUAGUAGAAAAUAUUCUACUCUGUUCCUUACAGCUCUAUGGAGAAUCCUUAAUCUCUUAUAGUUCUAUAUUAUACCUAACAGUUUUAGACAGGCAUAGCAAAAAAUCUGAUAAAGAAGAUCUUUGUGAUUAGUCGCAUAUGUAUACACAUAUAUACAUAUGUAUAUUUGUAGUCGAAUCCAGAAUCGAGCAUCGUAAUAAUGAAUUUCAUAGAGCUCUAGUUACUGAAAGUCUUCCUCCAUACACCUUAAUGUAGUUCAACUGAAAAUUCAGUUUUGAUAAAACCUAACAGUUAAUGACCAGGCACAUCUAACUGAUAUGUGUUAGCCUUGUUUUCAUACCGUUUCCUCAGGAAUAAAACCGACUGAUAA